AUGUCUGACGUUGCGGAGACCAAGCCCGACCCCACCACCGCCGCUCCUGAGGAGCAGAAGCCCGAGAUCACCACUGGUGAGGGCGAGCAGAGUGUGACUGAGGCUGUUACCGAGACUGCCAAGGAGGCUGCUGAGACCGUUCAGGACGCCGCUGUCAAGACUUCCGACAGCGUUUUCUCCAUGUUCGGUGGUGGCCCCAAGAAGGAGAAGAAGGAGGAGAAGGAGGAGGGUGCGGAUGAGCCCUCUGGCUCUUCUAAGGCUCAGAACACGAUGAUGAAGCCCCCCGAGUCCCCCGAAGUCCACUUCGAGCCCGUUAUCCGCCUGACUGAGAAGGUCGAGACCAAGACCAACGAGGAGCUUGAGGAGCAGGUUUUCAAGAUGCGCGCUAAGCUCUUCAAGUUUGACCGUGACAGCAAGGAGUGGAAGGAGCGUGGUACCGGUGAUGUGCGUCUGCUGAAGCACAAGGAGAACCAGAAGACCCGUCUGGUUAUGCGUCGUGACAAGACCCUCAAGGUCUGCGCCAACCACUACAUCGUUCCCGACAUGAAGUUGAGCCCCAACGUUGGCAGUGACCGCAGCUGGGUCUGGAACGCCGCUGCCGAUGUCAGCGAGGGUGAGCCUGAGGCCCAGACCCUGGCCAUUCGCUUUGCCAACAGUGAGAACGCCAACCUCUUCAAGGAGGCUUUCGAGAAGGCCCAGCAGGAGAACGAGAAGCUCUUCAGCGCUGGUGAGCAGUAA